AUGCCUCCAUCCAAGGACCAUUCCUCCAAAUUCUCCCACCUCCCUCUUACCACCUCUGGCCCUCAAGACUGUGCCCAGGUGCAGAGAGCGUACCAGCAGUAUUCCGAACUGCAGGACGACUUGGCAAAGAAUACAUUUAUGACGAGUAUGAAGACCAGAAUGGGGUGCUUUUCUAUCGGCCCCUUCCAGCUACCCCUCCUGCGACGCAAAUCUAACAUUCUCGAGCUCAUUCAAGAUCAUAUCAAAGAAAUGUAUCCAAUAAUAUACACUCCCACUGAAGGCACAACAAUCCAGAAUUUCUCCCGCAUCUUUCGCCGUCCCGAAGGUUGUUUCCUCAACAUCGGUGAUACCGACCGUGUCUACCACGAUCUCGCCCAAUGGGGCGAGCCACAAGACAUUGACUACAUUGUCGUUACUGACGGUGAAGAGAUCCUUGGUAUUGGUGACCAGGGGAUGGGGGGGGUUCUGAUCUCCAUCGCCAAGCUGGUUCUAACUACGCUCUGUGCGGGUAUCCAUGCAAACCGUACAUUGGCUGUGGGACUCGACUACGGUACUGAUAACGAGAAGCUUCGCAAUAAUGACUUAUACCUCGGGUUAAAACACCCGAGGGUCAGGGGCGAGAAGUAUGAGAAAUUUGUUGAGACCUUCGUUCAAUCUGCGAGGAAGCUCUAUCCGAAAGCGUACAUAUAUUUUGAAGAUUUUGGCCUGCCAAAUGAAUAG